GAAUGCAAUUUCGCAGGAGCGGCAUCAACAUGUUUCUUGGGACGAGGUCUACGAAGAACACUGUAAGACUGGACUGGAGUGAGCUUUCUCCGGUACAAAGUCUCCUUACACAAAGGGCUUAUGCGGCUACUGAGGUACAGGCUCUUGAGAAAGUAUCAUGUUCUAUCAAGCAGCCGAACGAGCAAAGCUGUGGGUUGUGGGCAUCUUUUAAAUCGGCCGUGCUCGUCAGCUCCAGGUGCUGAUACUGCUCCGAAUGACAAGGCAGAUUUUUUCGAUUGUGAAGACAGGAUCAAUGCAGCUCUCGACGAGAAAUAUGGUUUGGAUCAGCAGGGUGUCUUUGAAAGGAUCCGGCUUUCCUCCGGUUCGAUGGCACUGGGUGAUGGAAAGACCUUUGGCGAAGAGGGAAGGGUAUGCUCUUGGGACGGGGAAGAUAACAUCUUGGCAGCUAUCGAGGAGAGAUACAACAGAAAAGAAGAACCAGAAGGGAAGCAAAAGUUUGAGUUCCUGAGCGUUUUGCAGAACCAGCACUAUAGCGAUGAAGAAGAAAAGGAGGAAGAAAAAGAUGGUUUUGAUUCGGAGCUGAGUGAUGACGACUCCUCAGCACUGGUUGAGUACGUGAGGAAAGAUAGAGUUGGAGCUACGGACUUUUGGAAACCUUCCAAGUGCUUCCUCGACUGGUCCAAGCUGCGAAGAACAAUCGUAGAGGAGUGUGUAGAGGCCGUUGAGAAGCGAACAGCAGCCACAGAUUUGAAGGUUGUGCUGGAAAGAUGGGAUGGGAUGGUGGGGAAUGCGUUGGUCGCCAUUGUCCUGCGGCGGUUGAAGGACUCGGAUUCAGCUUUCGCCUUCUUCAAGUUCGCUGGCCAGCAGUACAACUUCACUCACGACGCCAUCACGUAUGAAGCUCUGAUCAAGUUCCUGGUGAGAGUUGCCAAGGACUACAGGCGAGGUUUGUUGAUCUACAAGUACGUGGAGCGUGCUCGAGUCCAGCCGAACGAAGGGAUGAUGGAGCUCUUAGUGGAAGCAGCAAUCGAAGGUGGUGAGAUCGACCAGGCGCUCCAGUUCGCUGAGGCGACGUGGAAAACGCUUGGAAGGCUGACGCCGGAGGUUUGCCGGAGAGUCAUUGUGGGCCUCUUCAAAGCCGGGAGGAUGGAGGAGGCCGUGGAGUUUUUGGAAACGCAAAUGGAGUUCUACGGUUGUGAGAAAGAUCUCACACACUACAAUGCUGUUCUCUGCGGACUUUCCAAGGCCGGGAGGAUGGAGGAAACGGUGGAGCUGUUUGAGAAGAUGGAAGCUCGGAAUGGUAUCAGCUACGUGAUCAUGGUGGAAGGCUUUGCUCAGCAGGACGAUCUCGACGAAUGCCUUAAGUUUGCCUCGCGCAUGUCGGUUGAAGGCUAUCCAUGGACUGCUGCGACGUAUGCGUCUGUCAUCGGUUUGUAUGGCAAGAGGGGCCGGGUUGACGAAGCUUUCCGGAGCUACAAGAGGAUGGUCGCACAGCGCUGUCGCACCGAUGCCAGAGUUUUCAACACCACACUCGCGGCGUUGAGCACCAGCUUGGAUGAGCCGGUGAGGCUUGAGCAGUGUCACGACGUUGCAGAGAAAAUGGUCUGGAAUGGACACACCCCGGACGCUCUCGAGUUGUUCCGGCUGGUGGCGAAGCUCUGGGACUCCGGGAAGAAGCAGCAAAUAAGGGAUUUCUUUGGACAGAUGGAGAGAAGCAGCAAGGAUCUGGAUGAAAGCCAGUGUUUCCGGUUUGUGGCCAGGCUGUGCGAGGAUCACAGGGUCGUCAUCGCCAUGAAGUUCUACCGGGUGAUGAUCGAGAAGAAGAUGAUGCUGGACGGGAAAACUUUCGGCAUCCUCUUCUCGGAGCUCUGCCGGACUGGCAAGGCCGACGAGGCCUACAUGCUGUUCGCGAAGCUGGACGAGAAGAACGCCGUUCGCUACGACGGAGAGACUCACAGGCUGGUCUUCGACGAGCUCUGCCGAGCAAAGAGGGCCUUCCAAGCUUUCAGAAUCUACGCGUCCAUGGUGAAGCAGUCCCUUCCCACUGACGACACGAUGCUCGCUAGCCUUCUCUCGGGAUUGCUGGAGGAAGGCUCGCAUCACAAGCUCGCCUUGGCGGUCUACAAUGCGAUGCUCCGGCGGGGAUUCACUCCCGGCGAGGACAGCUCCCGGCUGCUCGUCCAGAUGCUCUCCAAAGCAGGCGACUUGGAGAGCGCUGAGAGGGUGGCGGCUGAUAGCAUCGAGAAGAGCUUCUUCGUCCCAGCAUAAUGGAAAGCUUCUCGCCACCUUA